AUGCACAGACCCCAAGUUCGAGCUGUAGCACCACAUAAAGUGGAGUAUGGUGGCCACACUGGGGUGAGGCCCUCACUUCUUCCAGCGACUAGCACUGUGCUAGCCGUCCACACCACGGCCUCCACCUCUGAGCUUGCCUCUACCUAUUCUGCCCUCAUCCUCCACCAUGGCAAGGUGGUGGUCAUGGAGGAUAAGAUCAACGCCCUCAUUAGUGCAGCUGGCAUCAAUGCUGAACCUUUCUGGGCUGGCUUGUUUGCAAAGGGCCUCGCCAAUGUCAGCACUGGGAGUCUCAAAUGCAAGGUAGGGGCUGAAGCCGCACCAGCAGGCGGUCCUGCCUUCUCCACCACUGCUGCCCCCACUGCGGAGAAGAAAGUGGAAGAAAAGAAGGAAGACUCCGAGGCUUCUGAUGACGACAUGGGCUUUGGUGUUGUUCACUAAAUAUUUUGUUAACAUGCCCAAUAAAAAGAUGAACCUGUAAAAAAAAAUGA